AUAAAAGCUGCCCCUAUAAAUAUAACGACUCCAAUUCCUACACCCUAACUAUUUGUAACAUUAUUUUAGCUUCAUCACAAAAUCUCUCUCUUCUCUCUCUCUCUCUCUCUGCAUGGAUAAACGACUUUCUACUCUUGCAAUAUUCCUAUAUUUUCACAUACUUUUGUCACAUUUUAGAUUGGCAAAAUGUGGCAAUGCAACGACCUCAAUUUGCACCCACACACCUCACCCCGAACUCUGCAACACUCUGCAAACCACCUUCUCUGAUGAAACCCUAGAUAAAAACGACGUCGAUUUAGGCCAGCUAAGCCUUAGAGAAACCCUAGCACAAGCUGCAAAAGCCCACAAGCUCAUCUCAGAGAUGGAGUGGAGUUCAUUCGAUGAGCUAGGGCGAUCAGCGUGGGAUGACUGCUUGGAGCUCUAUCAAGACACAAUCUACCAACUCAAUCGAUCCAUCGUCUCCAAAAUUGAUGCACAAACAUGGUUGAGUGCAGCCAUCGCCAAUGAGCAAACAUGCCAUAGUGGAUUUCUUGAUUUCAACAUGUCCUCGCAUUUGGAAUCCUUACAAAUCAUGCUUGCUGACUACUCCAAAACCCUAGCCAAUUCACUAGCCAUCAAUAAGGCCAUAUCGUCUUCAUCUACCUCUAAGCAGAAGAGAGAUAGUGACUAUUUCCCCGAUUGGGUUUCGGCCCGUGACCGGAGGCUGCUCCGCUCAUCGGGUGGGUCCAUCAAGGCCGAUAUCAUGGUGGCGCAAGACGGCUCCGGCGACUACACGACGAUUUCUGAGGGUUUGGCUGCGGCUAAGCGAAGAGGAGGAGGGUUAAGGAGGUUUGUUAUAUAUGUGAAAAAGGGUGUUUAUAGAGAAAACGUUGAGAUCAAGAGAUCGAUGAAGAAUUUGAUGUUGAUUGGAGAUGGGAUUGAUGCAACUGUUGUUAGUGGUGAUAGGAAUGUUCAAGAUGGCUUCACCACUUUCCGCUCUGCAACUUUUGCUGUCUCCGGCGGAGGCUUCAUUGCAAGGGGCAUGACGUUCGAGAACACCGCCGGAGCCCAUAAACACCAAGCGGUGGCCCUCCGGUCGGGGUCCGACUUCUCCGUGUUCUUCGAGUGUAGUUUCAAGGGCUACCAAGACACCCUCUACGUCCACUCCCAACGACAGUUCUACCGCGACUGCGACGUCUAUGGCACGGUGGACUUCAUCUUCGGGGACGCGGUGGCGCUCCUCCAAAACUGCAACAUCUACGUGAGGAGACCCAUGAUGAACCAGAAAAACACCGUCACCGCCCAAGGGAGAAAAGACCCUAACGAAAUCACGGGCAUCGUCAUCCAUAACUCCGUCAUCACGGCGGCGCCGGACCUCAGAGGCGUGCAGAAUUCGUAUAGGAGUUAUUUAGGGAGGCCGUGGAAGGAAUACUCGAGGACUGUUUUGUCCAAGUGUAUGAUCGAUGGGGUGAUUGAUCCGGCGGGAUGGCUGCCGUGGAGUGGGGAUUUUGGUUUGUCUACUUUGUAUUAUGGCGAAUAUAUGAAUAGUGGUGUUGGUGGGAGUACUAAGGGGAGGGUCAAGUGGCCCGGAUUUCAUGUUAUACGGGAUGCGGCCGAGGCCGGAAGAUUCACCGUCCGGAACUUCCUCGCCGGAGACUCCUGGAUUCCGGCCACCGGUGUGCCGUUUACGUCUGGCCUGUGAUGGGUUUAAUUUGAUUGUGGGCAGUUGUUGUAUGAUGUAAAUGUGUUAUUUGGUUAUAUACCAUGUUGAUGUUGCUAUAGAUAAGAGAUGGGGAAGAGUGACAAAUGUACCAUGUUGUACUUACUUUUUUUAUGUUGGUGAUUGGAAUUUAAUAUUGGUUUAA